AUGAAUGUUCAUAAAAAAAUUCUAGAAAAGAGUGGAAGAUUGGACACUUAAUAUGCUCAAUAAUAAUAAUAAUAAUCACAUGUGAAAGAAGAGGAAUAUAUUCAAAAUUAAUAAAAUAGUGAUUACUUAUAAUUGAAUGCCUCAUAUAAUAAUAUUAGAUGUACAUCAAAUGUAUUUCCACAUUCAAAAUAAACAUACAUAGAUGCAAAAAUUCCAUUUGCUAUUAUGAUAUAGCCUUAUGGAUAAUCUGUGUAAGAUGGAUUUGUGUCAGUCAAUAAUGGUGGCUAUCCAAUUAUAAGAUGUGCAAAAUGUAGGGCUUAUUUAAAUCCUUUCAUGAAAUUUUUAGAUGAUUAUGAUUAUUUUAAAUGUAACCUAUGUGGUUUGAUUACUUAAAUUGGAUUUAAUAAAAUAACAAAAGAGAAUGCAAUUUAAAGAACUGAAUUAACUAUGGGAUCUUAUGAUAUCAAAGCAGGGUAAGAGUAUCAAAUGAGACCACCUAUGGCUCCUGCAUAUUUUUUUAUGAUUGAUGUUUCAACAAAGAGUGAAGCACUUUUAGGAAUUAUAGGAUAAGUUAUGAAUGAAUUAAUAAUAAAUGAAAAAUUUAAUGAAAGAACUUUAUUUGGAUUCCUAACAUUUGAUUCCUCUAUUCAUUUAUAUAAUUUCAAUUCAAGACUUAAAUAAGCCUAGAUGUAUGUAUUAACAGAUGAUAAUGAACUGCCUAUGCCUGGAGAAUAUCUAUUUAAUUUAUAAGACUCCAAAGAUAUUAUAGUUGGAUUCUUGGAUUCUUUGAGUCGACUAUUUCCAAAACCUCUUUUAAGGAGUACAUAAUUCAUAGAAGCAUUAAAAAUAUCACAAAAAUUAAUAAAAGAUAAUGGAGCCAAAUUAAUCAUCUUAAUAUCUUCACCAAUUAAAGAAUUGAGCAUUGUGGAUAAUGGAAAAUAACAAUAAUAAUAUUUACAUAAAAGUAAAUCAAUAUUGACAUAAUUGACUGAAAGUAUGUAUUUUUAAUAUAUAUGUCCAUCAAUAUUUGUUGUUCCUAAUAAUUAUAUGAAUAUAUAUACUAUAAAUCAAUUAGCAACCUAUUUAAAUGGUGAUGUAUUCUAUUAUGAUGAUCCAACAGUAUAUAGUAAGAUAUUUUUAUUAAUGUUUAAGCAACAAGAUUUAAGAAUGAUUUAAAAGAAGUAUUGAGUAGAGAUUAUGCUUGGGAAUCUGUUUUUAGAAUUAGAACUUCGCCUGGAUGGAAGAUUAAACAUGUUUAUGGUAAUUAUGUUGUGAAAACCUCAGAUUUAUUAAAUAUUACUAAUUGCGAUGAGUAAAUAUUGAUGAUAUCAUUAAUGAUAGUUAAAAAGUGUUAGUUUAUGAAUUAGAAUUAACCGAACCUAAUCUAUCUUAUGAUCUUCUCUAUAUAUAAACUGCUUUAUUGUAUACAUCAUAAAGAAGUGAGAGAAGAAUUCGAGUUCAUAAUUUGUGUAUUCCCUUAAGUAAUUCUGUCAAAACUAUAUAUUCACAUAUUGAUUAAUCUACUUUGGCUAUGACCAUAUUUAAAAUGGCUUUACUUUAAAUUAAUUCAGUAAAGAAUUUGAUUCCUGUUAAAGAAUUCAUUAUCUCAACUAUUAGAUCCAUAUUUUAUAAUUGUAAAUUAUACAAUAUAAAUUUGGAUCAAAUGCAUGCUUAUUCAUUAGGAAUCAUGAAAUCUAUUAUAAUGAAUUACACUUAUGAUUAAUAAAGUAACUUAACAGAUUAUGUGAAUUACUUUAGAAUAUUAUUUCAGUAUAUUCACUAUGAUGAAUUAGUUACCUAUUUAGUACCUUAAUUAUACAAUGUAACUAAUUUAUAAGAACAUGAAUGUGUUUAUGAUGAUUAGGGUUAAUUUGUUUAUCCAUAAUAAUUAUCUUUGGUUCUAGCUGAAUUAUAAAGUGGAGGUCUAUAUCUGAUGGAUUGUGGAUACUGUUUAAUUUUAUAUAUAUGCAAGUAAGUGAAUGUGUAAUUAGAGAAUGCAUGAUCCCACUUAAUUAGUAGAUCUAUUUGAUGAAGAAUACCAAACUAAACAAUUAUAUGAGGAUAACCUAUAAUCAAAUAAUGCCAUCUAUACUCUUAUAUCUCAAUUAAGAUAGUAUUAUUUUAUCUAUUAUAAUAAGCAAUAAAUUUACAAAGUAUGCUCCAUUAUACAUUGUUAAAUAAGGUUGUAAGAGUUUAUGGGAAGAUGUAUUUCUAUAAAAUCUAAUUUAUGAUGAUUUCAAUCCUAAUUAUAGGAUGGAUUAUAAUAGAUUUGUAUAAUAUAUUGGUUGA